AGUAUUAAAAGAAUCCUUCGCUGGUUAUGAGGUGUAUGGUUUUUACACUCGCCUCAUCAAAUAUUGCUUCAAAAUGGCGUACACUUAGGUUUUUUGUGAAAGUUUAAAAAAGAAAGUCACUUUAACAUUAAAUUUGAGAAUUUUAUUCAUUCAAUUCAGAAUCCUUAACAAGUUAAAUAAAUUCCUUAUUGAUUAUCGCGUAUAUUAAUACUUAAAAAUUUAUGUGAAGUUUAGUAAAAAUAAAGUUUUAAAAAAAUUAAGAAUUAAUUAAAUGUAAAGUGUCGAAAAAGAGAAAGAAAAAAAAUUAUUUGGACGGAAAAACUUUUUCAACAAGUAACAAAAAAAUCAUCAUACAAAAAAUUCAUAAAAUAAAAUAGAGCAGACGGGCAUCAAUUUGCAGAUAUAAUCAGCACAUAAGAGGGGAAGAGAAGUAGGAAGUUGAGAUAAAGGAAUUUAUAAGAAAGCAACAGGAUGAAAUUCUCGUUACCUACUCGAGGCGGUGGCACCGGUAUGACGCUUUUCUCAAAGCUCAUACGCACAAAAGACUUGAGAAAGCUUCAAGGAGACGAUCCAAAAAGCAACAAGCCAAAAAUGACAAAAUGUCUAACAACAUUAGAUUUAACAUCAUUAGGAGUUGGUUCGUGUUGUGGUACAGGAAUGUAUCUAGUUGCUGGAAUGGUAGCGCGCAACAUAGCCGGUCCUGGUGUUAUUUUUAGUUUCAUUAUUGCAGCAGUUGCAAGCAUCUUUUCAGGUGCAUGCUAUGCUGAAUUUGGCGUACGAGUACCACACACAUCCGGGUCAGCUUAUAUGUACUCAUAUGUCUCUGUCGGUGAAUUUGUAGCAUUUGUGAUCGGAUGGAAUAUGAUAUUAGAGUAUCUAAUUGGCACUAGUGCCUGUGCAUGUGCUUUGAGUGCCAGCUUUGAUUCUCUUGCUGGUGGAUCAAUAAGUAGUAGCAUAAAUGAAACGUUUGGCACCGUCUUCUCACAUCCACCAGAUUUUAUUGCAUUUAUCAUUGCAUUACUCAUGACAUGCGUCCUUGCAUGUGGAGCUAGUAAAUCUGUAAUAUUCAACAACGUACUCAACACCAUAAAUCUUGCUGUUUGGAUUUUCAUCAUGACAGCUGGGUUAUUCUAUGUAGACACGAAAAACUGGACAGAACAUGACGGUUUUCUUCCGUACGGUUGGAGUGGCGUAUUUACUGGUGCUGCCACAUGCUUCUAUGCAUUUAUAGGAUUUGAUAUUGUAGCAACAACAGGUGAAGAAGCACAUAAUCCCCAAAAAAGUAUUCCAAAAGCUAUUGUCGGAUCGCUCAUAAUCGUUCUCAUCGCAUAUGUAAGCAGCAGUCUCAUUCUCACCCUCGUAGUUCCUUACGAUCAUAUUGACGUAGGCUCAGCACUUCUGCACAUGUGGACAUAUGUGGGUGCUCCAAAAUGUAGAGCUAUUGUUGCUCUCGGUGCGACGGCUGGUCUUAGCGUUGCUAUGUUUGGCUCAAUGUUUCCAAUGCCUCGAGUGAUUUAUGCUAUGGCAUCAGAUGGUCUAAUAUUUAAGAAACUUGCCCAAUUAUGGACGAAAACAGGCGUUCCAGGUAUUGCGACAAUAGUAAGUGGAAUAUCAGCAGCGAUUGUUGCUUUGUUCGUGAGACUUGAAAUUCUUGUGGAGAUGAUGUCGAUUGGAACUUUAUUGGCAUACACACUUGUGUCAACAUGCGUUCUUGUAUUGAGAUAUCAACCACAUAGUACCUCACUAAUUGACUUAUUACCAGCUCAACUAAGAACUCCGGUUCCAGCAAGCACGCCAGAUCCAACAAAUGAAACAAAAAUUACGAAAAAUAUCUUAGUGAGGAAAGUCACAAGAACAUCUCCAGAUUCUGAUGACUCAUUUGUUGACGAUAGUCCAGAUAAUCAUUAUUUCGGUCGCGAUGAUCAAUUCCUUGUCUCGGAUCGUAAUGAAAAUAAGUUUUAUGGAAGUGUACAUGGUGCACCACAAGCAGGUGGAGUUCCUUUUGAUGCAGUGCCUGGAUUGGGAAUUAUAGGUAGAAAGGUUCAUGAAUACGCAUAUCUCUGUCCUGGCUUCUUUCCAUGGAUUAAUCCUGGACCAGCAACAGAAGAGAGUGGUAAGGAGCUUUACUAUCAUGAAGUCUUGCUACUUUUUAAUUGCAAAUUUUCUCAUUUCAGGAAUGUUUGUGACAAAGCUGGUUGGCUUGAUGUACAUUUGUAUCUUCUCAUUAGACCUCCUCCUUGCCAUCGGCUUCAGCGGCUCAUUUUUCGGUUUAAUAUUCAUCUUCUUAGUUCUUUCAAUAAUCUUCAUUCUUUUGGUCAUUUCACGCCAGCCACAAAAUCGUUAUGCACUUCCAUUUCUUACUCCGGGACUUCCAUUCAUUCCAACAAUCGCCAUCACAGUUAAUAUUUAUUUAAUAUUUAAGUUAAGCAUAUUGACACUAGUGAGAUUCACACUAUGGAUGUGCUUAGGAUUAAUAAUGUACUUUUAUUAUGGCAUCACGAACAGUAUCUUGGAGAAUCCAACAGAGGAAAUUGAAUUGACUGUAGAUCAAAAUUAUCUCAAAUCACCACAAAAGAAUAAUAAUAAUGAUAGACGACAAGAAAAGGGAGCAGUUUGGGAGAAUCGGCAUGGUUACGAAAAUAAAAUGGCAACAGACGAUUGGAAUACAACGAAUGGUGGAUCAAAUCAAAACUGGUCUACGUAUAACUAUAAUUCAAAUAAUUCAAACAAUUCAAAUUGGAAUGAACCUAAUGCCACAAUAAAUUACACAACACAACCAACUUAUGUGACAACAACAAGUCGCCAACAACCACCACAACCCCCUCAACAUAGACCUAGUCCAAAGAAAGAAGGAUUUUCCACGCUCUUUGUGGCUGAAUCAAGUUUUCCAUCGUGGGAAGAUUAAGUUUGUUGAGACACGAGGAAGCCAUAGGUAAUAAUAUAUAUUUCAUUUGUUCAUUCCAUACACAAUACACAAUGACAGAACUAAAGAAGUAACCUAGUUAAGAAAUGAGAGAAUAUUAUCAAAAUUUACUUAACGAUCGCCUGUCAUUCGAUGAUGAAAGAUUUUUUGUUAACUUUCAUCAUUAGAUGACAUGACAAUAUAAAAAGUAUAUACACAACAAGAAGUAUGAGAAAUAAGUUUUUUGAAUCAC